CACGCGGGGAAGCGUAUAGGUGUCGUCUCUCUCCGGAUCGCCGUAUCAAUUGCAAUGUGCAAAUACGUCUUAAUUGCUGCACUGGCCGUAAUGGGCUCCAUUAUCCAAGUGCGAGCAACGCUGCACGAUCUACCCGGGGUCUUUGACUUCUCCAACGUGGAUCUGGUGAACUUCCAAUACUUCAAGAACCUGGCCUCGCAGGAUCCCCGAACCGCAGCCAACGCAAAUCCGUUUCUGGAGCACUUUCAGAAGAAGAAGGCGGUGCUGGACUACCUCGACCGCCUGUUCUUUGGGAACUCGCCGUUCCAGCAACCCAGUGAGAUUCCCUUUGAUCCUCACUUUGGUCGCUCCUGGCGUCCAACCUACGAGCGAAAGUUCGGAUAUCGCGGGGAGCGUCUGAUCGCUGCUCUGGGAUCGGGCUACUCGGUCUCCCAGCUACGACACUUUGGAGCCAUUCCCCGAGAGUACGGCACUCCCCACUAUCCUAGUUGAGUGCGGAUUGCCCUUACAUAGCUUUAGAUAGUGUAUUUAUGGAAUAAACUUAAGCUACGAUACUUGA